AUGGCGCGAGAGUGUCUGGAGAUUUCGCCCAGUUGCCCCGUCGAGGCCACGGUGCUGGGCUACUAUCCCAACCUUGGAUCCGGCAUCUUUUUCGCCAUCGUUUUCGGCAUCUUGACGGUGGCUUCUGUUGGUUUGGGAGUAUGGAAGAAGACAUAUACGUAUGCCAUCGGCCUCUCCAUCGGUCUAUUGUUGGAAAUGCUUGGCUACAUUGGUCGCAUCCAGCUUCACUCUAACCCCUGGAACAACGGCGCCUUCGAGCUCCAGAUCUGCGCCAUCAUCCUCGCCCCCACCUUCAUCUGCGUCUCCAUCUACCUCACCCUCAAGCACAUCGCCAUCAACCUCAACCCGACCGUCUCCCGCAUCACCCCGCGCUGGUACCCCAUCAUCUUCCUCCCCGCCGACCUGAGCUGCCUCAUCGUCCAGGCCAUCGGAGGCGGCAUCGCCGCCGCCGGAGGCAAGACCAACCGCAAGCUCCAGCAGAGCGGCAACCGCGCCAUCAUCGCCGGCGUUGCGCUGCAGGUUGUUGUGCUCAUCAUCUUUGGCUUCCUCAGCACCGACUACUACGUCCGCGUGAGGAAGUACAUGGCUCGUCCUGAGGCUCAGGGCACGGAUGGCUGGAAGCUCUGGCACGACGCCAACUUUAAGAAGUUUCGCUAUGCCAUGUCUGGUGCUUUCGUCGUCAUCCUGAUCCGAUGCAUCUACCGUAUCGCUGAAAUGGCCGGCGGCUGGGGCAACAAAAUCAUGCAAGACCAGCCCAGCUUCCUCGUCCUCGACAGCUCCCUCAUCCUCGUCGCAACCUUUCUCCUCACCUUUUACCACCCGGGCAUCUACUUCCCCCAGAUGCGCCGCGACGUCCAAAAGGCUGCCCGGCCCGCCGAGGAGAUUAAGCUGGAGCAGCCCGGCUCAUCCAGCGAGGGCAUCAAGGUCGAUGCCUCAGUUUCAGAAAGAUGA